AUGAGGCAUCCGCGCAUUCACCAUGUGGAUGUCUUUCAUUUUCCCGAUCUCCUAGCAAAGAAGUCUUCAUAUUGGGCAAGCUCAACUCUUGGGCUCUCAGAGCAGGCAGUAGGCUCCUCUGCUGUGAGAGAAUCUAGAUCAUUCCCGACAGGGCUUGAGGGCAUAAUUAAAGAAGGUGAACUGUUUUUAGUUGCCUGGUCUCCUGGUGCCACAGUUCGAGCCAGUGAAGCGGCAAGACGACACUGGUCUGAACAGAACAAGGAGCCGGGUGUUUCGUUGCCACAGGACGCACACUUCUCAAAUAAAGUCGACAUCUGGGACGGGGACGGGAAUAAGAUGAAUUAUGAAGGAUUGGUGUCUCAAUCUCUGUGCUCAUUGGGCCGAGAUGACUUCGGUAGGCUUCUGCCAGAAUCUACCGCCUAUGGGUUCGAACAAUUAGGAGUUGCACGCAUUGAUAAAUCUAAAGAUACGCUCACCUGGCAGAGCAAGCAACAGCCGGCAUUAGAAUACUUCGUUCCAGUCGCAUCGAUUUCCGAGGAAAUUGCCGCGUCAUCUAGGCGGUCAGGCAGUGAUCGAGUCAACAUCUUUCUCACGUGA